GCAAUCAAAAAUACAUGUCCUGUGUGUCUCAUAAAGACGGAAAUUGGAAAAUAUACAAAGUGAAUUUACGAUGUCGGCCGCUUGUGUAAUAUGCAACAACUCCCCGGAGAAAAACGACGGCUGCCUAUUGUUUCCAUUUCCGGACAAGGAUGAGUUACCGGUGCUGUAUCAGAAAUAUCUAGCAGUAUGCGAUCUGAAUGAAGAAUCGCUCCCGAACGGAAGAGACAGUUCGGAUCUGUUUAUUUGUUCUAUGCAUUUUGAGCCACACUGCUUGGUAGAUAGCCCAACAGGGCUAACACUCAAAUCAGGCACCAUACCGAGCCUGAAUAUGGAACGAAUCGAGAUCGAGGCAUACGUCGAUGAAGAUUUCCAGAUUCUUGACGAGUAUAUGCCGCUAUUCAACAUCAAACAGACGAAGGUUGACCCGGAAGUAACUGUAGACCUGACUACCAGCGAUGCCGUCGAGGACAGUAUGACUGUUGAGACUCUUCUGGUUACUAAACCUGAGGAUAUGGAAGUAUCAACAGAAGAUGCUAUCGGGGAGAUAGAAAUUAAAACAGAAGCUCCGGAAGCGGACGAAGAUAUUCCGGAUCCAUUUGGUAACGUAAAACCACCUGCAGAUGGCCGGUAUUGCAUAUUGUGUGAAGAUAAUGAGAGUAAAAAUCCCGCUUGUCAGCUGUUUGUUUUUCCGCGUAAAAUUCCAAAAAUUUACCGCAAAUGGAUACAAGCAGCAGGUUUAUCGGCAGAACAGUAUAAAAACCAAGACAUUUACAGUUGUCGUCGACAUUUUCCUGAAAACGGUUUUUUUGCGGACGGAAAGUUCAUUCAGAGCUGGGCUACGCCUAGUUUGAAUUUGCCAGUUAGAAGACAGCCACUUAAAACUACGACGCCUUCGGCGUCUACGGAAAUUGUUCUCGAUCCGCAACCAGGCCCAUCCGUUAACAAAACCCCAUCCAAGGCUAAAGUCAUUAUCAAAACAAAUCCACAGAACAGGAAAAACGCAGAAGCACUGAAUAUCGAUCCUGAUAGCUAUGCGCAAACAUUUGCCAAAGUCGUGAUGGAUUUAAUGCCGAAAACAAUAAACUACAAUGGAGAGGACCGUCCCGUUACAGGAACUAUAGUAUUUCAAUCAAACCUAUUCUAAAUUCGAUAUUUCAUCAGUAAACGACUUAAACAGUAAUAAGUGAA